AUGAACAGAAAUAAAGAAAUUUUGGAACGAUUUCUAAAUCGGAAGGAGAAGAAAAGUGACACAAAAGAAAAAAGUUAGUUUUCCAGUCUGGAAAAAAUAUUUUGAUUUUUUUUUAGGUUACUACGCGAUUUUGAGAAAUAUUCCGAAAGAAUUGCAUUCGAAAAAUUUGCGAAGAUUUUUUAGUGGAUUUGUUGAAAAUGCAAAGUUUCAGUGUUUUCAUUAUCGACAUCGACCGGAACUUCAGAAAGAAGAAAAUGUUCGUUUUUUUUUAUUUUGAUACUAAAUUUUUAAAAAAUUUUCAGAAUUCUGAAAAAAAGACGAAAACAAACACUUGUUGCUGUUUGAUAUCAUUUAAAAAUUCGGAACUUCGGGAGGAAUUUAUAAAGGAAUAUAACGGAAAAAAUUGGCAAAAUGAAUCGGAUUUGGAAAUUCCGAGAAAAUGUUUUGUGGAUAGGCUGAAAGUUGGAAAUGAAUCAACAUCGAAUGAUUCGGCAAAUAUAUCGGAGAACGAUUUGAAAGAAAUGAUCGAAUUACGGCCGCCUAAUUUGAUGCCUCAUGGAAAUAUUGGAACCCCGAGCGAAUAUUUUCUCGAACAAAUUCGAUUGUGCAAAAUGCCUUCAAGUAUGAUAGCAAAAUUAGGGAUUCAAACCAAAAAGAGAAGGAGGAAAUUUGGAGAAGUUCCUUUUAAAUAUGACGAGGAGGAAUAUGAAGAAGAUAACGAGGAAGGAGAUCAUGCAGAACCUAGCACUUCCGAAGAUAUAGAUCCAACUGAAAAGUUCAGAAAAGAUCGUAAUGUUGAAGAUAAUGAUGAAGGAAGUGAUAAUGAUGAUGAUCAAUGUGAAGAAUGGGAAAGGCAUGAAGCAUUACAUAAUGAUGUCACUGAACAAGAUCGAACGAAGCCCAAAAAAUAUGAAGAGGAAAUGGAAGUUACUUGGGAAAAAGGUGGACCUGGACUUGUUUGGCAUACGGAUAAAAAUUAUUGGGAUGAAAGAGAGAAAGGUAGGAUUAUCAAUUUUUUUAUUUCAAAUCCAUCAGCAAAAUGAGCUAUUUUUCAGGCACUGACUGUGAUUGGGCGUGGGCGGAUGAUUGGGAUGUUGAUUAUUCUGUAUAUUACGAAGGAAAAUCUGCGGGUGAUAUUGAUGCAAAAGCUGGGGUUGAAAUGAGAAAUGAUGAAUUGAUGAGAGCUGGGAAAUUGGAGCAAUCCGUAUUUACGCGGAAAAACCAGAAAUUUGAGAAACCUAGUCGGAAACGAAGGAAUAGUGAUUCACAAACAUUAUCUAACGUUCAAGAUGGAACUGGUGGACGAAUUUUGACGAAGUUGGUUUCAUUUAUAUAUCUCGCACCAAAAUUAUGGCUGUAGAAAGAGGGUGUUCGGGUGAACUAUUUACAGCCAUAACCAAAAUAAUUCACACAUUUUGUUUAAUUUUGUAGAAUGGGAUGGACACCUGGUAGUGGCUUGGGAAAAAAUCGACAGGGAAGAGUUGUGCCUGUAGCAGUUCAUAUGGAAGAAGAUGGACAAAUUGGGAAAGAUCGGAAAGGAUUUGGAUACCAUGGAGAAAAAUUGGCAAGAUUUGUUGAAAAGAAAGCGGAAACACAUUGUAUUUCUUCGAUGUUUGUUGAACUUGAAAAUUUAUAUGCACCCAUUGAAUUUUUAAUUCAGAUUCGAUGAAAAGCUUGAAGGACCAUCAAAAUUCAAAUUGACGGGUGAAUUCACUACAAGCGAAGUAUUGCAAAGAAGUCAUGAAGACACCAAUAUGAAAUACAAUUAA